AUGAGGAUGAGGAUGGAGGGCGGGGAGGAGAUGCAGGGUGCCGUGGGGCUACACUGCACCUGGGACAUCCCACCGCCCGCUAGCACCCAGGCCAAGUGGGUGAGGCUCAAUGUGGGGGGCACCGUCUUCCUCACCACCAGGCAGACCCUGUGUCGGGAGCAGAAAUCUUUCCUGUGUCGCUUGUGCCACGGCGAGGAGCUGCAGUCGGACCGGGAUGAGACUGGUGCAUACCUAAUAGACCGGGACCCCACUUACUUUGGACCCAUCCUGAAUUUCCUCCGUCAUGGGAAGCUGGUCCUGGAUAAAGAUAUGGCUGAAGAGGGGGUCCUAGAAGAAGCCGAGUUCUAUAACAUUGGUCCUUUAAUCCGAAUAAUCAGGGAUCGACUGGAGGAGAAGGACUACACAGUAACUCAGGUGCCUCCUAAGCAUGUCUACCGCGUGCUACAGUGCCAGGAAGAGGAGCUCACUCAGAUGGUUUCCACUAUGUCAGAUGGAUGGCGCUUUGAGCAGCUUGUGAACAUUGGCUCAUCCUAUAACUACGGGAAUGAGGAUCAGACAGAGUUCCUGUGCGUGGUCUCCAAAGAGCUGUACAACUCCCCCAAUGGCCUGAGCUCUGAGCCCAGCCACAAAGCCAAGAAAGAACUGCCAUGGCUCCUCUUGCAAGUAUCUCCACUCUUUCUUCCCUUUGUCCUGCAUGCUGGGCCACAGAGCACAGAGGAGGACCUGGAGGAGGAAGAGCAGGAGGUGGAGGAGGAGGCAGAGGCAGAAGCAGAAGCAGAGGAGAAAGGUGCAGCAAAUCCUUGA